CUCGCACAGUCCUUAUAGGCCUACAAUUGCUUGUUUGAGCUUUUCUACCGACUUCCGUGGUACAAGUGACUAGGAGUGACAUAGAUCUUAAACUGGAUUGAGCCUGCUUGUCGACACGAAGCUGGGCUUCCAAUCAGGCGGGUCAGGAUGGAGGCUCUCAACUUCAACAUGGACGCGGGAUUCCUCGAAGGAAUGGUGAGAGGAUACAAAGGUGGUCUAUUGACUCAAAACAAUUACCAUAAUUUGACUCAAUGUGAUAACUUGGAAGACUUUCGUCUUCAACUUUCCUCCACCGAUUAUGGAAACUUCCUCGCCAAUGAACCCCUCCCUUUAUCCACUGCUACCAUAGCUGAUCGUGCCACCGAAAAGCUCGUAGCGGAAUUCAAUUAUUUACGUACCAACGCCGUCGAACCCCUUGCCACAUUCAUGGACUACAUCACCUACGCUUACAUGAUCGACAAUGUAGUCCUUUUAACCCUCGGAACAUUACACGAAAGAGAUACUCAUGAGCUCCUCGAACGUUGUCAUCCACUCGGAGUUUUUGACACCAUGCCAGCUUUAUGUGUGGCUACAAACGUCGAUGAAUUAUAUCAUUCUGUUUUGGUCGAAACUCCUCUCGCACCUUAUUUCCGAGAUUGUUUAAGCGCUCAAGAUCUAGACGAUUUGAAUAUUGAAAUCAUACGAAAUUCUUUAUACAAAGCAUAUUUAGAAGAUUUUCAUUCGUUCUGUCAAACAUUACCAUCACCAACAAACCAAGUCAUGUCACGUAUCCUUGCUUUUGAAGCAGAUCGUCGAUCGCUCAAUAUCACCAUUAAUUCCUUCGGUACCGAAUUGAGUAAAGAUCAAAGAGCCAAAUUAUUUCCCACUAUAGGUCGUUUAUAUCCAGAAGGAAAUAACGCAUUAGCAAGAGCGGAAGAUCUGGACGCAGUGAUAGCUGCUGUGGAUCAUAUAGCGGAAUACAAGACAUUCUUCGAAAAAGCAGGUUCGGGUAGUUAUGGGAAUGGAGGUGAUGAAGGGGAAAGUGGGAAUAGUUUGGAAGAUGAAUUUUUCAAACACGAUGUGGAAUUGAAUAAGAUGAGCUUUUUACAGCAAUUCCAAUAUGCCGUGUUUUAUAGCUUUGUAAAGCUAAAAGAACAAGAAGUUAGGAAUUUGACUUGGAUAGCAGAAUGUAUAGCUCAAGAUGCUAGGGAUCGGAUUAAUGAUUACAUUCCAUGUUGA